CAAGAAAAUUGUUCGCCAUUGGGACGUGUUGCAUGUUGGCAUUUAUGUGAUUGUUAUUAGAGUUUGUUGUAAUUAUUGGUGAUAAAUGAAAGACCCGGAUAGCGUGUAUUGAAGUGUUGGUGUUGGUGUUGGUGUGUUCAGUGACAACAUGGAUACGCGUAAAAGGGGAUUGAGGUCUGCGCCCCCCAAGGGGCCCGAGUACGCAACGAAGAGGGAUGUCGGAGGACGUAGGAGUUUGCCCCCGUGUCCUAAAGUUAACAGGCGGAUGAACCGCAUGAGCUUAUUUGAGGAGCAGAAAAGUUGUGCCAAGCCAGUCUUUUUCAACCACCAAAUAAGUUUGAGCCCGUUGUACGACCCCGCCAAGGACUUGUGCUACUUCGACCAAAUUUACACCAAGGAGUCUGUAAUUGGGGAAGGUUCGUUUGGGGUUGUUUUCAAAGUGAAGUCGGAACAAGACGAUAAGUUUUACGCCGUGAAGGAGUUCAAGUCGUGUCAUGCCUUGCACUACGGUUACGCCGAAGUGGAGAAUUACGAGAAAAUUGGGGAGCACGACAAUUGUGUGAAAUUUAUUAUGGCUUGGGAAGAGCUUAAAAUCGUCCACAUUCAGAUGGAAUACUGCGAUUUGAGUUUAGCCCAAUAUGCGGCUCUCACACACAAAAUUGGAGAGUCGCAACUCUGGGAAAUACUCUACGACAUGCUGAAAGCGCUUGACUAUUUGCACCGGAAAAACUUGAUUCAUCUUGAUGUCAAACCAGGGAACAUCAUGAUGAGUCAGGGGUUCUACAAACUGGCCGACUUUGGCCUCCUUGUUGAUUUAAAUAGACAUGACGGUAAGAAAAUUUCAACAAUUUCUGACGGAGACGCCAAAUACCUGGCCUGUGAGGUUCUGGACGGCAUCUACACGUAUUCUUGCGACAUUUUUGGCUUGGGAAUAAGUCUUUUGGAGCUGGCAACAAACAUAGAGUUGCCCGAAUUCGGGCCUUUGUGGCACCAGAUCCGCAAGCAAUACCUCCCUGCGCCUUUCUACGAUGGGGUCACUAAGUCAUUCGCCGAAACCAUUGAAAAAAUGAUGGCGAAAAUCCACUGGCAGCGGCCACAAGCGUCCAAACUUCUCAAGAGUACGCAUUUGAAAAAAAUCCAAAAACAGGAUUCAAAGCAACCUAGGAAUAUUUAUUAUGAAGAGUUACCGCGUGAACCUUGCAUUAUUAUCAACAAAUACAAUAAUAAUAAUAAUGUUGAGACACCGCCGAAGACACACGAGAAAAGUCACAACUUGAGUUCGUGUCGGGACUUACAUGGGAGUAUUUCACCAAAUCGUCGAUUAUGUAGGGAAAAGCUGGCCUUUUAAAAAGAUUUAAUAAUCAUUAAGCAGUUGUGAUAUUUCAAUAGUACUUAAGAAUAGCGGGCCAAAAGACUGAGGAUACUGUUCGAAGGUUCAAGUAUUAUUGUUUGGCGUUUAGUUUCAUUGUGCGUUUUUCGGCGAUUGAUUUUUGGCAACUUUCUUAUCAGGUAGUGUUGAACAAUGUAUUGUGCGUUAAUUUGUUCUUUACAAAAGUUUCUUAUAAAAAUUAUGCAAUACUUAUGUGAUGUAGUUAACUGUUGUGAUUGGGACUUAAUGGAUGAUGUAAUUAAAAAUAAUUGUUUACUUAACGUUCUUCCUAACACCAUUAAGUCUUGUUAUUAUAGAUUUGAAUGAAUAGUUUUUGCAAUUUUAUUGUAAUGUUUCAUAAAAAGCGCCACUUGUUGGCGUUUGUAAUUUGUGAUUAUAAUUCUAUUCAUGUUUCUGAAUUGUUACAUUUUAAGAGAGUUUAUUAAGUUUUUGCUUCAGGGGUUAUUACUCGUUACACAGUACUUUGUUUCCAGUUUAAUAAAACGAAAUAAUAAUCAUAAAUGUAUUUGACUGGCCAAACUACAACAAAGCAAUAACAAUUAAAUUAUUACAAUCAUAA